UUGACCAAAAUGGCGGCCAGACUGAUUCUAAUGAGACGAAAUUUCAAUCAUACAACAUUAAGUUUUCUACGAAACCAGUAUAAAUGCGUGAGAAAUAUUCGCCAGAUAUCAUGUGCCCUGAAUCGAACGUCUGAGGAUUUUGUGAGUAAAAGAAUACCACACAAAUCACGUCAUUUCAGAACGUCAACAGUAUCUUGUGGAGAAGUCUUGCCAUUUAAGCUAUCAGACAUUGGAGAAGGAAUUGCUGAAGUUACUCUUAAAGAAUGGUAUGUCCAACCUGGUGAUAAAGUGGAUCAAUUUGAAAGUAUAUGUGAAGUUCAAAGUGAUAAGGCUUCUGUUACUAUAACCAGUAGGUUUGAUGGUAUCAUUAAAAAGUUGUACUACGAAGUAGACGACAUUGCUAGAGUUGGUCAGCCAUUGGUGGACAUUGAACUUAUCUCUGAUGGAUCAAAUGCAGAGCAUGACACAAGCCCUGCAGAAGAUGUAAUGGCUGCGCAACAGGAACCUCAGCCAACACAAGCAAUCGAUCAGCCACUACCCCCUCCCCCUCAAAUUCCCAAACAAGAAGUUGUCCCCCCUGCACCUGUGACAGCAGCAUCCAUUGUUAAUACAGGAAGACAACAAGGUGGUAAAGUUCUUACUACACCUGCAGUGAGAAAGAUUGCAAAAGACAAUCAGGUUGAUUUGAGUGCAGUUCAAGGUACAGGAAAAGAUGGAAGAAUUCUGAAAGAGGAUGUCUUAAACUAUUUAGAAGAAAUGAAAUCAGAUAAAGCUCCAGAUACUCCAGCACCUCCCCCUCCCCCUCCCCCUCCCCCUCCCCCUAUGGCUCCUUCCACCGCCCCUCCCCCUCCUGUAUUUAUAGCUACUGGUGAGGUGCCACCUGAUAAGGUAGAAGACAUCAAAGGAAUAAGAAAAGCGAUGGUCAAGGCUAUGACCGAUGCAUUAGCAAUACCRCAUUUUGGAUAUUGUGAUGAAAUAUUAGUGGAUGAGCUUGUAGAACAAAGAAAGCAUUUGAAGCCUGUACUAGAAGCUCGUGGUAUCAAAUUGUCUUUCAUGCCUUUUUUUAUCAAAGCUGCAUCAAUGGCACUGCAGCAGUUUCCAAUACUCAACAGUUCAGUGGAUGCCGACUGCACAAAGAUAGUUUACAAGGGAGCCCAUAAUGUAGGCAUUGCAAUGGACACAGUCCAUGGUCUUUUAGUUCCAAAUGUAAAAAAUGUUCAAUCAAAGUCAAUAUAUGAUAUAGCUGUUGAACUGAACAGACUACAUCAUGUUGGGCUUGCUGGGCAGUUGAGUCCUGAGGACCUUUCUGGUAGUACAUUUUCUCUCUCAAAUAUUGGAUCCAUUGGUGGCACYUAUGCAAAACCAGUUGUCUUACCUCCAAAUGUUGCUAUUGGUGCAAUAGGAAAAAUACAGGUACUUCCUCGAUUUGAUAAAAAUGACAAUGUAAAAARAUCUCACAUAGUCAACGUAAGUUGGUCAGCAGAUCACAGAAUUAUCGAAGGAGCAACUAUGGCUAGGUUUUCAAACCUGUGGAAGUCUUAUCUUGAAAACCCAGCAUCUAUGCUAAUUGACCUCCGAUAAUGUCUGUCAUUAGACAGGAAUGCACUUGAAUAAUUUAAAUCCAGUACUGAAGUAUGAAAUGUUUUGGAAAAUAUUUAGAAAGUACAACAAGAACAUAUUUUUAAGUCAGGGAAUAUAAUUUACUCGCAUGUACUAGCUUUGGCUAAAAUAUGUUUUCAGUUUUGAAAAAAAAAUUAUAAUUGACUAAUGCAUGCUACUAUUAUAGUGUUAUAUGUAGCAAAUAUUCAUGUUUAUCAAAAAAAGGCCAUUCUUAUAAUGACAUGCCAACUAUUAUCAUGGUAUAUAUUUUUUAGAGUUACUUUGUCCAAACAGCCACUAAAUUUCUUCUGGUUGGCAUGAGAAUAAGAAGAUAAGGCCAUGUAUUGCUACAGUCCAAUUUGUACUAAAACCAAAUUCAGUUUUCCUYCAGUAACAAAAUGUUAUCAUAAACUAAGCUAAGAUACUUUUGUCAGUAUUUAUCUACAUGUAUUUAUAAAAAGUUUUAUGUCCUCCAUCUCACAAAAGCUUUUACAAAUUUAUUAUCUUUUCAAUUCCUCUUCAAAAAAGGUAAUUAUUUUUACAGUUUGUCAUUACGUAAAAAAAUAAUAAACAAAUGGGAGUGAUUUUCAAUGUUUUCCAAGAAUGCACUAAAAUACAAUGAGUAAAAAUUCAGAAUAAAACUUUGGACAAUAAAAUCAGAUAUUGGAAAUAAAUAAGUAAAAAUA